AUGGCCGACGCCGAGCGAGUGGACACGUACGACGCGCGAGUCACCACCGCCACGGUGUCCAGCCUCAAGUCCGAGGACUCCACCGAGCAGCUCAUAUGCAAGACGCCGCAGAAGAAAGUUAAGAAAGUGACCAAAGACAAGAGUGUGAGUUCUAAGAGUGUUGAAGCAGGCAGUGAUGAACCUGACAGGCGGCGCCUCGUCGUCUUCCUGGGGCUAGGCCAGGUCGUUCUCGGCGCCCUGCUGGUGGGCGCCGGGGCGCUGGCCGUGGUGAAGGGCGCCGCCCUGUCGCGCGUGGGCGCCGGGUUGUGGGCGGGCUGCGUGGCCGUGGUGGCCGGGGUGGUCGGCGUGCUCGCCGGCAUCAACGACUGCUACGGACUGAACGCCGCCAGCUCUGGAAGUCCCCUGCUGACGGCGUUCCUGGCGCUGUCGCUGCUGUGCCUGGCGUGCGGCAACAGCGCCGCGGUGCUGGCCGCCACCGGCCUGCAGCGCGACUCGCUGCGCCAGCCCACCACGCCCGCCAGCUUCGAAGAUGAGAUGGAAGCAUGGACACCGGUGCUCACAAACAUCGCGCUGCUGAUCAUCGCGAGCGCGCACUGUCUGCUGUGCAUCAUCAGUAUCUACCACCUGUCAAAGCGGGUGUGCCCCUGCUUCCGGCCCAAGCAAGCCUUCGAGCACAACCAGUUCGAUCCUGCCUUCAAGCCCGUCCAGCAGUACGUGGUGACGGUGGACGAGGUGAAGAAGGCGCACGAUGUGGAGCGCGUGCGCAACCACGAGCUCUGCAAGGAGUUGGAAGUGAAGCUACAGGGAGACAGUAAUAAGAAGAAGGAGGAGCCAGAGUACGGCAGCGCGAACAGCAAAGAGAAGCUGGUGACGCGGUGGUUGGGGCGCCAGCAAGCGCCGGCGGCGGUACUGGGGGCGCCAGCUGCGGCGGUGCCUGCCGCCCGGCGCCGCGGCGUGCGCAAGCAGAGGAAGCCGCCGCCGCUGGUGCUGCUGCCCGCGCACCCUGCCAGCACGCUGGGGCGUGUGCCCGCCGCGUGCGUGGUGAUGCCGCCGCGGUACGCCACGCUGCCGCUGCCGCCCGCCACCUAUGCGCCCGGCCCCGUCUACUACCCUGUACAUGAUGCUCGCAUGCGCCGUCGUAGAUCGCCGCGCGCGACCACGGAGCGGCGUCGUCGCGAGGGUCGUGAGCGCGACUCGCAGCUGGCGCGCUCGCUGGAGAGGAUCCACCGCAAGCGGCGCGCUGACCGCGACCAUAUCACCGACGCAGACCUCAAGCGAACCUACACCGGUCUUGAUAGGGCCUACGCGGAGCAGUUCAUAGCAGUAUGUGACGAGAGCCGGCACGCGGCGGAGCAGCACGACUCGCUGGCGAGCACCUCCGCCACCAGCGACACCAGCCACUCACACCACGACCUCGCCUAA